CGUCCGCCGUCGGAGCAAAGUUGGAACAGACCAACGGCUAGAAGAAUGUGCUAGGAAGAUCAAUACGACUGAGCCGUUUUGAAGGACUAACCUUCCCUCCUUCUCGUCUCCGUUCUCUUCUCUUCUCCAACAACUCCUCCAAGAGAGGGAAUGUAAGGCGAAAACGCCAAUGAGGACGAUUCCGAGGACGAGGACGAUGUUUGGGAGCCAGAGGGAGAGAAACACUCACUCACUCACUCACACACACACGCUCGCGAGUACACAUUAGUACAAGUUGCACUCUACAGUGAUCCAAAUUGUUGGUUUGGAAGUGCGGGGGUAGAAUUACUUUAAUCAAUGAUCACGUCAUAAUGACCUGAGGUGCCUUCUGGUUCGAGUGUAAUGCAGUCUGCUUGACCUGUGCAUGAGGAGCGUGGUGAAGUGAUGCCUGGAGGAACAUGUGACGGAGUGGGGAAAGCCUUCUUUCUCCCCCGGAGUAUCUAUGUAUCACCAACACAAUCCCUUAUGUAAUCUUACCCUCUCUCAGCACCUACCCCUCCCUGCGGGCUCCGCAUCGAGCUCUCCCCAGUGACCCACAUAUCCACCCACCCCAACCGCAACCAUGGGAGACAUUGCCAUGAAAAUGUUGGAGCCAUUUCAUCGGACCAUCUUCAACGACUGCCCGGGAGGCAUUUGUAAAUACAUACACGAACACAGUGAGGUCUUUCUCAUCUUCCUCACCAUCGAUGGGCUCUUCUUUCUACUCUCGUUAUUCCCGCCCUGUUUCACGUGGAGUAAUAAACGCCCAAAUGGAAAGAAACGACUUUUCUUCUCCUUCCUGGCCUGGUUCACCUUCUACUUUUGGUUGGCCUUUUUGGCACUCAAUUCGGUCUACUGUUUCGGUUUUGUGGCCCACAAAGGUCCGUGUCGAUUUGAAACCCCUGAAAAUGACACCUCGUCUUCGUUCUCCAUCUUAAACUGGGUAUCCAACCUCGAACCACGUGAAGAUGGUCCAGAUGCUUCAGUCGAAUUCUCCCCACCCCCGUCAUCCGAAGGUGGAACAGCAGGCGGAAGAGGAGGAGGAACAGGAGGAACAGGAGCGGGAUCAGGGUUGCCGCAAGAAACCCGCAUGGAACAAAAUAAAGACGAUUAUCCUUACCAGGAUAAUAACGAUUAUGACGACGACAACAACAACAACAACAACAACAACAACAACAACAAUGAAGAAGAUAUUGUUCAUGAGAUGCUUCCAACCCCCGCCCCAUUGUUAUGGACAACAAGCAAUGUGUCAUGUGCCACACCUAUUUCUGAACAUGAAGCAGAUCUGCGGAACAUGACGAUCAUUAAUGUCCUCAUUAUCAUCGUGCUUCUCAUCGUUCUAAUUGCAAAUGCAAAAGAAGUGUUCAACGCCAAAGCUCUGGAUUAUAAUGAAACAAUUUGCAAGAAAGAAGAGGUUCAAAAAUUCUUAUCGACGCUUGUGGCAAAACCCCCUGAAGUGGGACAUUACGUGAGCUGCUUUCACCCUGCGAAAACCACCGACCAAAAAUCCAGUUUAGCCACAAGAAAGGUCAUCACGUUUAGUGCCAUUGAAAAUUUCGACUACCAAUCUUGGCGAGAUUUUUCCGACCUCCGCUUGAUCGAGCCCUCACUUCAAUACCCAAUCAUCGAAAUCGAAAUUGUUCUGAAUUUCUUCCCCGGGGAUCACUUCACCGCCGAAAAAUACAAGGGCUUCGUGGUGCAACUCACCAAGGAGCACUCCGGCAAGGAUAGUAAGAUCAAUAUCGAUGACUACUUCCACAUUGAAGAUCAACGCGAAUGGACCUUCUUCAUUGGGAACUCCGAGUUCAUAUCACCUUGGUGGGAACGGGGCUGUGCUCGCGUGUUCUUCUCCUGUUUCCUUCUCAUUGGAUGGAUCUUCCGCAUGGGCUACCACGGGAAAAUCGCCAAGCACCGCGUGGAACUGAAGAAGGCCGUGUACUGUGAAAACUCGUCGCAAGACGAGGGCGUGUCCCUCUCCGCCACACCUGGCAGCAGCUCCAACGAGACUCAACCGGCGGCUAGCGCCUCCACUGCCCAAUGCGCCCAAGGGAAUGUGACGAGUGCCACGUCGGUGACGGAUGCAGGCCGAAGUAGUUCCCCGCCGGCCACCGUGACGGCCACCCAGCAAACCGAAGACAUUGAUCCGCAGCCUCAACAUGCUCAAAAAGCCACCAGUCCCUUGGACGGUGACCUCCGACAUCACGAACAACGCGUGAAUGCUGUGAUCUCGGAUCCUCCGCCUUACUCAACGGGCCGAGCACAUCAUCAUCACCAUCAGACCUCUUCAUCUCAGCACUCGCAAUAUCAUUCUCACUCACAACAGCAUUCCCUUGACCACCCAGCACAUCAGCAACAAUACCGCUUAUCGGAGCUGACAACUGGGACGCCUCCGUUGAGGUCGGUCCCUCUGACCUCUCCGCGCACUCACAUGCGUGAAACAACCAAAGACAUUGUCACUGCAGUUACGCAUCAAGACAUCAACGGUGUGUCAGCAGUGAACACGGUGGCUCUGAAGGACAUUGACGUGCAAAUGAAUUCAUUCUCGGGCUACGAAACCUAUGUCUAAGCGAACCAACGUGGAAGGGGCCCAUGCUAGCCAAGAUGUGUUCCUGCCCUUGAAGGAGCUAAACUAUGCGGCUGAAUUUCCUCCCUCUGACGCAACAACACCAUUCCAUGGUCAUUUCAGCUUUGGUCCAAUGGAACGCCCUCAUUCGACCCAUUUUGUUUGGGCAAACCGAAGAGCCGCUACUUCUGAAUAUACUUUCACAACUGGUCUUGGUUCCCUGGGAACCGUUUGACAAAUGAGCAGACCAUCUCGUUAUUAACAUCGUUCCCCUUGGCAAUACAAGACCAACCAAUGUGGUCUGUGAUACUCUGGUUGGUCUCUCUUUCUCCCUUUCUCUCCCAAUCUCUUUUCCUCCUUCCUUCAUCUCGUUUCUUCCUUCAAUUCCUUCACAUCCUCAGUCACUUGCGUCGGAAACUAACCAGAGCAUCUUCAUUCAUCCUCAUCUGUCAGUACAGUACCUUGUGGAAGUUUAGUAGUUUUCUGAUCUUGUAAGCGAACGCAACAUUGGUGGAAGAUGGUUUAUUUGUUUGUUUGUUUGUUGGUUGGUUGGUUGGUUGGAAGCAGCUCUUUCCUCAAUGAUCUCUAUCUGGUUCACUCGAUCUCUUAUCGUUAUGCGUGCAUUUGUUUCCAACGCAACCAUCGUCAUCACACCAAACAACUACCUAAUUAACAAACUAAACACCCACGCAAUUAUAUUACACCGAGGGAAUGGUUCAUACAACCAUGAUAAAUGACAUUCCUUCACCGAAAAAUAGAAUCCUCAACCCCUCGGGAGAGGAAGAAAAUCCUACGCAGAACCAUGAACAACCAGACCUUUCCAGCUCAUAAUAACUAAUAAUGCUGAAUUAAUUACGGGGACAACUCACGAUACUGCUGACGGCUCCUAAAUAUGUUCUUCUAUGCUUUCUCUUGAAAAAUCUUCUUCUACGUCUUGAUCCUCGACUUUGUUCAUGAACAUUUUACCAAUCGUAUAACUUACUAACUAGGGGCUCUACAAUUGCUAGAUCUUACAUAGAGCUAGGUGCUUGUUUUCAGGAUAUAUCAAAUCGUUUUUAAAUCAGAGUUUAUUCGAAUCAAUAUGCUUACUUACAUAUAAUAUGAACUAGGAUAAACUAUGAAUGAAGCAGUCGACGCGAAACGUAAACAAACGUUAACUAUGCAUUGUUACCAGUGAACAUGAAAGACUAAGUAAAAUUGCUUUGAUCUAUAUUCGCGUUUUUUUCUAAGAGCGAGAAUGGUUAGAAUGAUGAAUGUGAGAUUGACAUUGAGAUACUAUUGUUGUUAGAUCGAUCACUUUAGCUCAUCUUACUAACGCUGCAUAACAUUUUUAUCAACCAUUCAUGACGAUUAAUUUCGAUUAUAUUUAUUAUAAAUAUAAAGCUCUGCUCCUCUCUUUCUUGUUCAUUUCUUUGAUUGUGCCUUUGGGUGUUUCUUCCAAAAUAAAAAAUGUCCAAAUAUUUGGCUUAUCAUCCAUA